UCAUGUUGAUGCCGAUGGACUUCAUCGUCCCUCAGCAGCUGUCUGCCUCUUCCGGGUUUCUGAGGAUGCCCUUCUCAGACCAAGUCAAGUACAGCAUUCUCAGCAUCUCUGUGGCUUUCGUUCUGCUGGCCCUGGGUAUCCUACUGUGGCAGGUGAUCAGAUGGUGCAGACAGUCACAAAGUAUACAACAUACCGCAAAUACUGGCCGGGUCUCCCGUCACAAUUCCUUGACAUCCGGGAACUACUCGGGAGCUCCAAGUACUAAAGUGGAGGAUGUGGGCGUGGAGGCACGCAGGCUGAGUCGCUGGUUAUCUCUGGGCUCCUUUCCCACUUCAGCAGCCACCCUGGCAGGAAGUGACCUGGAGGAACAGGCUGAACUUAAGACGCAGGUCCAUGGAUGUCUUCAUUUCUCGCUGUACUACGACCAGCUGCAGUCCCAUCUGGUGGUCACAGUGCUGCAGGCUGAAGGACUUAAAGGGAGAAGCCAAAGCAACAGUCUCCAUCCCUUCGUAAGACUGAGGCUGAUGUCUGCAGGAUCAAAAGAGGAGGAAAUGGUGGCGUUUGUGAAUGAGGAGGGUGAAGAAGGUUCGAGCCUCACUCUCUGGUCCGUGCUGCAGGAGUGGCGUACACGCAUCGUGAAGGACAGCAGUAACCCUCUGUUUGGAGACCAGUUCAGCUACUGUCUGCUCCAGGAGGAACUGUCUCGAACCACCCUCAGGAUGGAGGUGAGAGACUUUGAUAAGUUCUCCAGACACAUGGUCCUUGGAGAGGUCAGGGUUCCUCUUCGGCAGCUCAAGCUCACAUAUCCUCUGGAGCUACAAGAAGACCUGCAGACACCUCAGAAGGAUCUGGUGGGGGAAGUACUUCUUUGCCUGAAAUAUCUUCCCACUUCCCAAAGGCUGGAGGUUGGAGUGCUGAAGCUCAGAACAGGGUUAACUGAGACCAGCUCAGCCCUGUGUGCCAAGGUCAGUGUGCAGUGCAACCAGUGCAAGCGACGGCACCAGAAAACCUCUACAAAAGCCCGAUGUCACGUGACUGUCUUCAAUCAGGUCCUUGUGUUCCCCCUGCCUGAGUUCCCUCUUGAAGAGUGUAUCAUAACGGUCUCCGUGUAUGAGAACCGCACCGCGAGAAGGUCGUCCAAGCAUCUGAUCGGCCAGCUGUCCGUGGGGAAGGGGAAGAGUUUUGAGGACCAACACUGGAGCCUGAUGAUGCGCUCAGUCCGCCAGCCUAUUGCGAAGUGGCAUGGGCUGUUUACCUGAGGGACACCUCAGACUAGAACAGAAUCUAUCUCGUUCAUAGCCAUGUAUUAAUCAUCACGAAAAGGUUUCUUUUAGUUGUGCAUUACAGGAGGUUGACUAAAGUGAUGUUACCAGGCGGUGAUAACCGGCUUGACUUGAACUCUCAGUGAUGAACGUGAGAGAGAAACAAUACUAACAAUUAGCUGAUUAAGUAGACACCUAUAUGCAUCAACAGGCGGACAGACCAAAAUGUUGAUUAUUAUUUGGUCCGUCAUCUGGCAUUGAGCAUUUUAUAUUGAUCUGACUAGGAGAUAUUUCCAAAGAUAUUGCCAGUAAGUUGAGUACAGUGAUAUAGGUGAAGGAGACUUCAGUCUGUUGACUGCCUCAAGGCAGUGGUGUGGAUGUUGGCAGGACGUCUCCCACACUGAGGGAAAUUAUUCUGAGAUUAUGGAACCCAAACUUCACAAAUGAGGGUAAUUCACCUUUACCCUAACUCGCCUAAGUCACCCCCCCACACACACACACAAUUGGACUUUGAAGACGAACAAUAUUGUUGUCCAAAAUCAUGUACAUUUAAUUUGCAAUGUCUGAGUUUUGUGUAGCAUACAGUUUGAUGUAUUACAUAACCUGCUGCAUUAUCAUAAUGGUAUGACUCGUAAUAUUAAAA